GUAUCAUUAUUCCUUUUUUGUUUAUCAUUUAUUGGACUAAUGCUUCAUAAAGUCUACCCUUGAAAAUCGUGAGACACUUGCUCAUCUUGAUAAAUUUCUCCCUCUCAUCGUGUUGUGUGUCAUCUACUAUGGCAAAGAAACCUGUGAAAUACUUUGUGGUGGACGCGUUCACUGAGUGUGCGUUCAAGGGGAACCCUGCGGCAGUGUGUUUGCUGGAGGAGGAGAGGGAGGACACGUGGAUGCAAAGCAUAGCAACCGAGUUCAAUCUCUCUGAGACCUGCUAUUUGACUCGGAUUGCUGAGUCUGAGAGAUCUCAUAUCUCGCUCAAAGAACACUCAACAGAUUGUUUCCACCUCAGAUGGUUCACUCCUACCACAGAGGUUAAACUUUGCGGCCAUGCCACGUUAGCAUCUGCACACGUUCUUUUCUCCUCCGGUUUGGUGAAAUCCAACACUAUUGAAUUUGUGACUCUGUCUGGUGUUCUAACUGCCAAAAAGGUCUCAGGGAUCAAUGGUGCAGGUGCCUCAGAAGAUGGAUUUUUCAUUGAACUGGAUUUCCCUGCUUAUACAGUUAUUGAAUUCAAUUCUGCUGACAUUUCACAAAUUUCCGCCGCUUUGAACGGUGCUCCUAUUAUUGAUGUAAAGAGGACAAGCGUUGGAGAUCACCUCUUGGUUGAACUUGCUUCAGGAAAAGAUGUUGUGGAACUGCAGCCAGAUAUUGGUGCAAUAGCAAAAUGUCCUGUAGGGGGCUUCUUUGUUUCUGGAACUGCUCCUCCAGAAUCUGGAUUUGAUUAUUACUGUCGGUUCUUCUUUCCGAAAUUUGGAAUCAAUGAGGAUCCUAUCACUGGAAGCGCACAAUGUGCCUUGGCACCUUACUGGGCCAAAAAGUUGGGAAAGUGCGAUCUCAGUGCUUAUGCGGCAUCAGCUAGAGGUGGAGUUGUCCAUGUUCAUUUUGAUGAGCAGAGCAAAAGAAUACUGAUGCGUGGAAAGGCUGUAAUUGUCAUGGAUGGCCGUCUUCUGAUUUGAACUCUUGUAUAACGUUGCGAAGAAUAAUAGACUCAAAAGUUGUAAUUGGAUUUCAAUACCUUAACUAUAUUCUAAACUCGAUUUAUAUAAACCAAUACUUGUUAUUUUCCGUAUUUUAUAUCAGUAAAGUAUAAACCCAUUUGUGCUUUUUCA